AUGACUACAUCUUGUGAGGGGUGGGUGGCAAGGGGUGCCAUAGGGGCUCACAUUGUGAGCCAGAGUCCGUGUUACCGAAUCAUGAACCUGAGUCUCUUUGCUGUGCCCGAAUCAUUCACUCCCGGACCCGCUCUUCACAUCCCCGUUCCCGCUCAUCUUCAACACGCCCCUCACGUAGCUUCCGCCAUCUUCCGCACGCCUUGGUUAGGUUUUACGAGGCCACUACCGACAACCAACUCGCCACCCCGCCCAGACCUUGCGGAGGAGCCGCCGCCCAAUCCAGACCUCAUGGAGGUCUACAUGGUGCCGUCAGUCUGCCGCUGGCCGUACCAGCCGUCCUGGGAGCUCGACGGCUUCAACUUCAAUCUCGGCCUCGCCGACACUUCCGGGUCGGAAAUCCGCGCCCUCUACCGCCAACACCACUCGGCGGACGUCACCUCCUUCGGGCACCCGUGGGAGCCCAACUACAGCCACAUCGUGGCGACCAACGUGGCCUUCGUGUUCCAGGCCAUGCUCGACUGCAGAGACGCCUAUGCCACUCCGCAGUUCUGGUCGCGGGCGCACGCCGCCUGCCGAGUUCCCGGCAUCGAACUCGAGCAAUUCCUGCAGAACGCAGAGCUGUUUUCCCGGGCCCGAGAGGCCUACCUACAAACCGCCGCCGGCUGUCCCAACAACGCCGCGAGCCUGGCGGACGAGUGGGCAACUUUCGUGGCUUCAACCUUUGCCGCGUUGGCGCUCCCUCCUCCGCCGGUUGCCCCAGCCCCGCCUUCGGCCUUCCUUUUUUGGUGGGGUCAGACCGCCCACCACCACCCCGCCCAGCAACCGACCACAGCGGCGGACCUGAUGCCAUGGGCGGCGGCCGGCUGGGAUGUGCUGCAGCAGCCCGGGAUGAGCUACCCGCCUGCGUGGUGGUGGGACAGCGACCCGAACCACCCGUUCGCGGAGCAGCAGGGGGCCCAUCCCGCCGCCUUCCGCCGCCUUCCCCUCCGGCCCACCGGGCCCGGACUCAACCACAUGGCCGCCAAGCGACGACAAGACGAGAUGGUGACCCCGACCCCCGAGUGCCGCAACCCCAAGCGCCGCAAGGCAUACCCCAACCCCGCCCCGGCGCACUCCCCAGCGGCGCCAAUCCUCCCGUCGAUCGAAGACGGGCACGACGAACCCCCCGGCCCCAGCCCCGCCCCCCCUCCCGACGACCAGACCCCCCCGCCCCGCGCCGAGCACCACCGCCAGCCGUCGACCCAACGCGCGACGGGGCCCGCCGCCACCGACCCCUCCCCGCUCCGCGGCAACCCCGACACCGACGCUGUCGAGGGUUCGUUGGAUGCCUUGCUGCGCUCGGACGACCCGUCUGCUAGAGGCAAUGCCGAACCACCCAGCACCGGUCACCUGCUGCCGGUGCAGGCGUGUUUGGCGGAGCUGGCCAUGCGCGUGGACACGUUGGAGAUGGAGCGGGCGGCGCAUGAGAGGGUUGUUGCCGAGCUCGUGAAGCGCAUCAAGGACCUCGAAAGCCGCCCCUGUUGUUGUAAGCGUGCGGCUUGGGAGGAGGGGGAUUGUGACAGGACGCACUGGGAGGAUAGGGUGGAGGAUGGAGAAGGGGAGCACAUCGAGCACCCUGCCACGAGCGAGUCGGAGGCGGAGGCAGAGUCGGAUUCGGAGGGGGACGGGUCAAGUGCGUCUGAUGACGAGCAGGGCCAGAACCAGGACCACUACAACCUGACCCAGCAGCAGCAGCAGAAUCCGCAUCCACACCACAUCUACGACGCGUCCUAUAACCCGCAUCCCCAUCACAUCUACUUUGAGAGCUCCAACGGGGAGGAUGAUGAGGAGCCGGCCUCGACGGACGACAACGAGUGGGAGGUGGACUCGGCUGCGUCAGGCAAAGAUCGGUAUUGCAAGGGCGAGCGUCUACAUUCGCUUUCUCAUUCACAUCACGAUAAUGAUUCGUCUUCUUAA